AUGCAGAGACCAACUGGCCAAGGCGCCGCCUUCUCCAUCGACUCGCUGAUCGGGCACUCGCCGCCGGCGCCGCGCUCCGGCCCCCUGCUCUACACCGGCUACCCCAUGUUCAUGCCCUACCGGCCCUUGGUGCUCCCCCACGGGCCGCUCCAGACGGCCGCGGGGCUCCCGCCGCUGGCUCCCCUGGCUUCCUUCGCUGGCCGCCUCACCAACUCCUUUUGCGCUAGCCUCGGCCAAGCCGUUCCGUCGAUGGUGGCGCUGACCACCGCCCUGCCCAGUUUUGGGGAACCCCCCGACAGCUUCUACCCAGCGCAGGAGCUGCCAGCCCCGGGAAGAGGCACCGCCGAGCCGCCCUGCCGGCGACGGAGCGCCGCGGACAGCCUGGAGAGCGACGAGCUGACAGCCCCGGGCCGCGAUAAAGGAGCACCGGAGCCAGUCCUCCACUUCUCGGAGCCCUUUCCUGGCCUGGCAGCAGAAGUCAAGGCCUACAGUUCGGACGAGGAGAAGCUUGACGGCCGGACGGGCGAUGCAGCCUGCGGCAGCGAGCGGGAAGAGGACGAGAGCUCCGCCGAGGCGGAGAGCGAAGAAGAGCCCUUCCUGGACGGGACGGGAGGCGGCGGCUCGUUGGGUGCCAAAGCCAAGGCGAAGCGCGUCCCUGGAGAGCCGCCGGCGGCGGCGGCGGCAGCAGCGGCCUCUGCGGGCGGAGCGUCGUCAUCGACAUCGUCGGGGCCGGGCAAGAGUCGCCGUCGGCGCACGGCCUUCACCAGCGAGCAGCUGCUGGAGCUGGAGAAGGAGUUCCACUGCAAGAAGUAUCUGAGCCUGACCGAGCGCUCGCAGAUCGCGCACGCCCUCAAGCUCAGCGAGGUCCAGGUCAAGAUCUGGUUCCAGAACCGGCGCGCCAAGUGGAAACGCAUCAAGGCCGGCAACGUCACCGGCCGCUCCGGUGAGCCCGUCCGGAACCCCAAGAUCGUCGUGCCCAUCCCGGUCCACGUCAACCGCUUCGCCGUGCGCAGCCAGCAUCAGCAGCUGGAGCAAGGCCAGCGCCCCUGACGGAUGGACGGAGCCACCGACGGACUGCAGGGAGCGAGGCAGGCCCGGCCUGGCCCACCGGCUUCCCUCCCCGUGCCCAGCGUGGACCCUUGUACCAUAACUCUUAUUUAUUCGGUGUAAAGUCUGGACAGACGGGCAUUCCCUCCUCCAGGCGUCGGGGCGGUGCUCUGCUCGGGCCACGCCUGGUCCCGCACAACCUCGGCCCCUCCCGCUUCCCCGCUAUCUGUACAUACCGCCCCCCCCG